AUGCAGAAAAGUCCUAUUUUCUCUUUUGUUGCUUUUCUUAGCUGUCUGGUUUUUCAUAUACCUAAGAUUUCAGUAGGUUGCGUGGGAAGUAUUGAGUGCAUCUAUUUGACUAACAUUUCUAUUCAUUUCAGGAUUUUUGUCAAUAUUAAAGCCUUGCUUUUGACUUCAGGUAAUGUCGAAGCGCUGACAUACGUAAAGACGAAUCUAACAGACCCAGAACAUCCAACGUGGCCAGAUAUCGAGCUUAUUUUUCUAGCUGGUACUCCAGCAACUGACUUUGGGCUCUACAUUAGACAAAUUUUCAACAUACCAAAGAGACAUUCAACGUUGUUUUAA